UUGUAUGUUAGUAAGGAAGGCAACUUUUUGGACAGCUGAAGGAUACGACAGGCCGCAAUAAUAGCUGGAUCUGAAGCCGCGCUGAUUUCGCUGACAUCACUCAUUCACCAUGGCGCCAAUCGCUUUGAAUAAUGUGGUCGACGUGGCGAACUUGAAGAAGACUCCCGAUCCGAGUUCAGGAGUCGAAGAAACGGGAGAAAGUGUCCGUCUUGCGGCAAGAUCAGGCACUUACACCAAACAAACAUCUGGUGCGGCACGUACCUACCUUCAGGCAAAUCUUAUUGUCCUUCCAUCAAAAUACGCCCCAGAUUUUCGGAUCCUCUGCCGGAGAAACCCGGUGCCGUGUCCUUUGCUGGCGGAAUCUAAAGCACUUGGGAAAUGGAAUGAAUUGCAGUCAUGGAUAGACGGGUUGGAAGGCGAACAAAUCGCCAAAAACGUUGACCUUCGUCACGAUUUUCCAAGGUAUAUGGUCUAUCAGGACGGCGUGUUGACAAAGUCGCACUGUCUCAACGUUGAAGACGAAUGGACAGAGGAUCAUGUUGGAUUCUUGAUCGGUUGUUCCUACAGUUUCGAGUCUGCUCUUACCGAAGCAGGCCUCAUACCAACGCAUACAGCUCACGGAAGGAACGUUCCCAUGUACGUGACCAAUAUCCCGCUUUGUCCGGCCGGUGCUUUUCAGCAGUCAACGUAUGUAGUAUCCAUGCGACCUUAUCGAAGGAAGGAUGUCGAAAAGGUGCGAGACAUCACCCGCCCAUAUAUAGCGACUCACGGUGAGCCGAUUGCAUGGGGAUGGGACGCAGUAUCUCGUCUGGGUAUACGCGACAUCAAUCAGCCGGAUUUUGGGGAGGCUCCAGUUGCUGCAGACGGGUCGCCACUAGAACUCGAAGGCAGUGGCAGUGAUGAAGAAGUUGUGCCUGUCUUCUGGGGAUGCGGAGUAACUCCUCAGGAAGCUGUACGAAGAGCUGCUCUCGAAGGCACCGUGAUUGGACAUGCUCCGGGUUAUAUGCUUGUGCUGGACAUCAGAGAUUGGGACAUAAUCCCCGAAGUAUGAAGCUGGAGCGUUGUAUCUCUCGUUCUAGCCACUACAGGCCGUGUCGAUGCGCGAUUUGUUCCCACAAAUACAAGUUUCAUUGUGUUGUGCCAAAAUGGCCUGGAUGGUAUGACUCCUUCCGCAGAGCAUUCUCAAUCCAACCAGUGUCC